AUGUCUACUAUUAGGUGGAUUCAUAGGAGAAACAAAAAUUGUGAAAAGAGAAUAAUUUCUUUAAAUGAAAUAAAAGAAAAAUAUUCUUCAGAUAAUGUAAAAGAAAGAAAUAUAAAAAAUUCUAAAAGUUCUUAUGACAAAAAGGUAUAUGAGAGAAAUAAAUCAAUUAAGGAAAAAGAUAACAAAAAAAAAAAUUUUGGUAAAUUUUUUAGCACAGAAGUAAGACCAGAAGAAAUUUUAAAAAAUGAAGGUAUAAGAAAAAAUUUAAAUAUAUAUAUAAAUAAAAAAAAAAUUAAUGAAAAAGAUGGAAAAGAAAACAGAAGAAAAUGUAGUUCAGAAGUAUACAGAAAAUUUGUAAAGGAAGAUAAUGAAGAAAACAAUAUAAAUAAUUAUAUCAAUUUUAAUGAUCAAAAUGAAGAGAAACAAAAAGAAAAUGUGAAUAUCAACCUAGAUAUUAACAUUCAGUGGGACAAGAAUAAUUCCUAUGAAAAGAAUAAAAGUGAUAACAAUAAAGACUUUUUGAAAAAUAAUAUUAAUAUGAAAUAUUUAGAAGAUAAAAUGAAAAAUAAAUAUUCUAAUUUAUGUGGAAAACGGUAUCCUAGUAAUGCUUCAUAUUUAAGUGAUUCCUUCAUUCAGCGAGAUGAAAAAAAUAGAUACAAUAGAAAAGAGGAAGAAAAGAUUCAAAAAGAAUUUCACUUGGAUAACGGAGAAAAUAAAAAAAUAUAUUUUGAUAAAAAUAAGUUGAAACAUAAUUAUAAUGAAAAAGAAACAAAAUAUUGUUAUUAUAAUAACAAAGAAGAGAGAUAUUACCACUUUGAUGAAGAAAGAUACAAUUGUUAUGAAGAAAAAUGUAAUCAUUACAAUGAAAAAAAGUUAAAACAUUAUGAUAAAACAAAAUAUAAAUAUUAUGAUGAAGAAAGACAAUACGUUCAUUAUAAUGAAGAAAAUGAUUAUUAUCAUAGUGAUAAAGAAAAAAAAUAUAAUUAUUAUGAUGAAGAAGAAAAAUUUAAUCAUCCUAAUGAAGAAAAAUUAAAACAUUACAACGAAAAAAGAGAAUAUGAUAUUUAUGAUGAAGAAAAAAAAAGGUAUUAUAAUGAAAAUAAAUAUUAUAAUUAUGAUAUAGAAAAAAUAAAUAAUUAUAAAGAUGAAGAAAAAAAAUAUUAUUAUAAUCAUAAUAGUGAGGAUAAAUAUUAUAAUACUUGUAUAAACAAAGAGAAUAAAUAUGAAAAUAUUCAUAGAGAAGAAGAAAAAUAUUAUAAUGAAGAAAAUAAAAAGUAUUAUAAUAUAGAAAAAGGAAAAGAAAUUUAUAAGAAGGAUGCAAGAAAAAAAUUUAGUAAUUAUGAACAAAAAAAAGUUUAUAACCACAAAGAUUUAGAAAAUUUUUCUCAUAAAUACAAAAUGAAUAAAAUAUAUAAUUUUACUAAAGAAGAUAAAAGUCAUAUAAACACUGAAAAUAAACUAAAAAAGAAUUUUGUUGAAUUUUCUCAUAAUUCUUCUGAUUACAUAAAAAAAAAAAAUUACAUAAAAAUUUCUAAUGAGGAUAAAAAUUUAUACAAUUUAAAAUAUUCUAAUAGAUAUUUAACAACUUAUGAAAAAAUAGACAGAAUUAUUCUAUCAACUAAUUUAUUAAAUAAAUUUUUUUUAUAUAAAUUUAAUAUUUACUUUUUUUUAUUUAAAGACUUUUUUUUAAAAAGUAAUAGACCAAUAUUUAAGAAAUAUAACAAGAUAUGGGAUCAAGUUAUACCAAUUUUUAAAAAUGAAGAAAAUAAUUUGUUAGUUAAGAAAAAUAUAGAGAAAAAUUAUAAGUCGGAUUUUAAUGAAGCAACAAAAUUAUAUACUCAAGAAACUUUAAUAAACAAUAAGAAUCAUAAAAAAGAAGAAGAUGUUAUAUUUAGCAAUAUAGACAGAGAAAAAAUAAAAACAAAAAGAGAAGAACCUUACAAGAAUAUUUUGAAUAAAAAGAAAAAUGAAGCAAAAACAUUAGAUGCAAAUGUUGUUCACAAAGAAGAACAAACGAAAGAUAAAAGAAUGAUACAUAAAAAUAUCAAUUAUAUCAAAAAUUUAUAUAAAAAUAAGGUUUUAAAUAAUACAUUAAUUGAUAGUUUUAACGAUGUAGAUUUAAAUGAUCAAAGAAGAAAAAAAAAAUAUUUGAAGUUUUUUGUUAUUUUACUAUCCUUAUUCUUAAAAAAAUAUAUGUAUAAGCAGUUUUCAAAAUUUUUUUUUAUUAUAGGAUCAUUAAGUAGAAAACAUGUAGAAAAAAGAGAAAUAAGGAAGUAUAUUAAUAUGAAAAUUUAUUCUUUAUCUUUAUUAGAAACAAUUUUAAAUAAAAAAAAAAAGGAAAUUUCUAUACUAUUUUUCAAUGAAUUGAAAAGAAUAAACAAAAAUUCUAAAAAAGAUAUGCAAGAUAAAAAUAGUAAAUUAAAUUUUACAAAAAUUUUAACAAAAAAAUAUAAAUCAAAAAAGAAUUUUGAAAAUUUGUGUUUUGGAAAACCUAAAAUAUAUGGCACAGAUGAUUUUACCAUAUAUUACAAAAAAAAAAUAUUAAAAGAAAAAGAUGAAAUAUUUCAAAAGUGCUUGUUAAGAUCAAAAUCAGAUUCUUUAUUGGAUUUUUUAAAAUAUUCUAGAAUAAAUAAGUUUUCGAGAAAACUUUCGAAAAAUUUAUCGAAGAAUUUUUCAUUUGUAAUUAAUGAUGAUAUAAAAAGCUCCAAUUUACUUGAGCGAUUUUAUACAGCUACUUAUAAUUUAAAUUCUAAUAGUUUAAAUAAGAAUAUAUAUAAGAGUAAAUUUCAUUUGUCUUACUAUGAGAAUAUAAAUGACAACAAUUUUAAAUACACUAAUAUUCAAAAUAUAAAUAAUUAUAGUAAUAAAAAAAAGCAAAUCUAUAUGAAUUUCAAAAAAAAAGAUUACGAAAUUAUAUCAAAUAAUAUUGAUUCGAAUAGUUUACUGGAUAAUACAAGCGAACAUUCGGUAGACGAAAGGAAAGAAAUAAAUAGUUUCAUAAAUAUAAGUAAAGAAAUAAAAGAUUCAAGUGAUGAAGAUAUAAAUGAUAAGAAUUGCAGAAUAUUUUUUAAAAACCUUAAAAAAAAGUUAAAAAUAAAUUACAAAAAAACAGUAGCCAUUAAUAAUAAAGACGAGGAUUUAAGUCUAAGUGAUUUAAAUAGUACUAUCGGUCUUUCGAAAAAUGAUAAAACACAUUUAUUUGAUAACAGUCAAAUAAAUCUUCAUGAUAAUUCUAUUACUAAUUUGAAUUUUUUAACUAAUUCAGAUUUAUGUUUAAUAAAUAAUUUUCCUGGAAAAUUUUCAAAAUAA